AUGUUGUCAUUGUCAUUGGCAACAAAGCCAAUUAUACUGGCUACUUUAGCCACUUUCCCGUAUUUCCAGUCUGUUGUCGCAGUGACAGAUCUAACCGAUACUGGUGUUACUGUGAAGCUGAACGACAUUCCUUUCUAUAUACCGCCUCAAUCUAUCGGUCCCUUGUCUGCACCAAUCGGUCAGCUUAAUGGUUCAAGUUCCAGCUACGGCUUCACACCGAUAACCGUCAUCGAGACCUGUUUGCCCACAUUUGACUCAAAUGCGUUCGAGAGUGUUAUUGAUGAGUAUCUUACGAAAGAUGAUGUGUUUAAUGCAGGAUUUCUGCAAGCUGUUUUGGUCCAAUACGCGAGUGACAAAUGCUCAGACAAGCACAGUUCAUUGACAAUCAAUGUCAGUGAUGCAACAUUGAAGAAAUACAACACCGCCAAGAUCAUUUCAGAACCUGUUUCUUCAUCUUCCGUUGUUCCUGGACCAUAUUUCCUGGCCACCUCCACAGGACAACUAUAUUGGCCAUAUCGACUUUACUCAGACGUCCAAGAAGCAUUUACUGUCGGCCUUGUCCCUGAGUCCAACGACUCCUAUACUGAGAUCCCUGCGGCUGUUCCUGGAGUAUCAUCUACCACUAUCGGUGUUCCCUCGCGUCUUUAUUUCACCAAAACAAACACACUUCCGCUAGCAGGUGUGAGAAUCGGCAUCAAAGACAUUUAUGAUGUUAAAGGAGUAAAAACUGGAUUGGGCAAUCGUGCGUGGUACGAACUCUAUCCUGAAGCCACCUCUUCCAGUAACGCGGUGCAGCGACUAGUGGAUGCAGGUGCCGUUGUUAUCGGGAAGAUGAAGACCGCUCAGUUCGCAGCUCCAGAGAAUGCUAGAGACAGCAUGGACUACCUGGCUCCUUUCAACCCCCGAGCUGAUGGUUACCAGGAACCAGGCUCCUCUUCAUCUGGUCCAGGUACUGGCAUGGCUUCAUAUGACUGGCUUGACCUUGCUCUUGGCUCUGACACCGGAGGAUCGAUUCGUGUCCCAGCUGAAGAUAACGGUAUUUUCGGCAACAGACCCACUCAUGGCCUGAUCAAUCUGACUGGCGUCAUGACUCUCGCAGCCGAGUUUGAUGUUGCAGGACUUUUGGCUCGUGAUCCGUAUCUGUGGAGUGCAGCUGCACAGGUUCUAUACGAUUCGGCGCCGUCCCAGGUUUCAUACCCCAAGAAAAUUCAACUGUUUGAUUUCCCUGAAGAGGAACUGACCGAAUCGGAUUCAAUUCUUCUGAAAUUCAAGUCAAAUCUUACAGACUUCUUGUCUGCCAAUGUGUCAACGCUGAACUAUACUUCCCUCUGGGAAAAGACUCGGCCAGCUGGAACGCCAAGUACACUUUCAGAACUUCUUGCUUUGACCUGGGUUAUUCCUUGUGCACAGGAGCAGAAAAAACUGGUGGCCGAUCCGUUUUACGCCGACUACGCUAAAAAGUACAAUGGCCGAACUCCAUUUGUGAACCCAUCCACAUUGGCCACUUGGGAAUUUGGAGAACAAUUCCCUGAUCGGGUGCCCGAAGCUAUUGCAAACAAGACCAUCUUCAUGGACUGGUGGAAUACGCGUGUUCUUGUCCAGGAUGACACAACGUGCUCUGAUAGCCUUAUCGUCUUUGUCGCAAAGGAGGCCACACCAGUCUACAGAAACGCCUAUGAUGGCUUUAUUGGGGUUCUGAAUUCGUUUGCCGAAUCUUUCAUCAGUGUCUUCUCAGAGAACCCAGAGUACGUCAUUCCUAUUGGACAAGCUCGAUACAACAGCACUGUCACCAAUCACGAAGAAUAUCUUCCAGUGACAGUGAACUUCAUGGCUGCGAAGGGAUGUGAUGGUAUGCUAUUCAACCUGAUUCUGGAUCUUGUAGAGGCAGGCAUAGUCUCUGCAGUCGAGCCUGGCAGAACGAUCCAUGGAGGAGCCAUUUGA